AUGUUUAGUGACCCCCAGGACCUGGUCGCCGCAGGCCGCGACUUCCUGGAGCGAACGGGCAAUAACGUGGCCUAUGCCCAUUUUAUGGAGGUUGACACUUUGGCCUUCCAAUCUGCAUCGCGUCGCCACGGCAGUCGUAGGCGACGAUUCGGUCCACUGGACCCUCGGGUCCUCCGUGAGGCAAUGCCAGUUUAUACCGAAGAUGACAGGGUAGAGGACAUACCAGAAGUAUCUCCCUUUACUCCCGAGGAAAUGGCCAAUAUUCGGGCAAUACUCGGUGAUCGGAUGGUAACAUCCGUCGCGCCCGCGCCCGCACCUAUGCCCGGCCCUGCACCUGCAGCGGCCUCUGCUUCUAAUGUCGUCUCGUGGAGACCGCAUGUAUGGCAUUCAGAGCCUGCAGACGGCACUAACGUCGUUGCCCAGGACGACGAAUUCAUCGAAUGGAGCGAUAAUGAAGACGCAUAA